GACAAAAUACACACAAGGGAGAAGCCUUACCACUGCUCCCAGUGUGGAAAGAGUUUUAAGCUUUUAGGAACCCUUAAAGCUCACGAGAAAAUACACACAGGGGAGAAGCCUUACCACUGCUCCCAGUGUGGAAAGAGUUUCAAACGGCCUUGUCAUCUGAAACAACAUGACAGAAUACACACAGGGGAGAAGCCUUACCACUGCUCCCAGUGUGGACAGUGUUUCAAGCGGUCAGGGGAGCUGAAACAACAUGAGAGAAUACACACAGGGGAGAAGCCUUACCACUGCUUCCAGUGUGGAAAGUGUUUCAGCAGUUCAGGGGAGCUCAAACGACAUGAGAGAAUACACACAGGGGAGAAGCCUUACCACUGCUUCCAGUGUGGAAAGUGUUUCAGCAGUUCAGGGGAGCUGAAACGACAUGAGAGAAUACACACAGGGGAGAAGCCUUACCACUGCUCCCAGUGUGGAAAGUGUUUCAAACAGCCAGAGCAUCUGAAACGGCAUGAGAUAAUACACACAGGGGAGAAGCCUUACCACUGCUCCCAGUGUGGAAAGUGUUUUAGCCAGUCAGGGGAGCUGAAACAACAUGAGAGAAUACACACAGGGGAGAAGCCUUACCACUGCUCCCAGUGUGGAAAGUGUUUCAAACAGCCAGAGCAUCUGAAACGGCAUGAGAUAAUACACACAGGGGAGAAGCCUUACCACUGCUCCCAGUGUGGAAAGUGUUUCAGCCGUUCAGGGGAGCUGAAACGACAUGAGAGAAUACACACAGGGGAGAAGCCUUACCACUGCUCCCAGUGUGGAAAGAGUUUCAAACGGCCUUGUCAUCUGAAACAACAUGAGAGAAUACACACAGGGGAGAAGCCUUACCACUGCUCCCAGUGUGGAAAGUGUUUCAGCUGUUCAGGGGGGCUGAAACGACAUGAGAGAAUACACACAGGGGAGAAGCCAUACCAAUGCUCCCAGUGUGCACAGUGUUUCAGCCAGAAAGGAAGCCUGACCCAACACGAGAGAAUACACACAGGGGAGAAUCCUUACCACUGCUCCCAGUGUGGAAAGAGUUUUAAGCUGUUAGGAAACCUUAAAGCUCAUGAGAGAAUACACACAGGGGAGAAGCCUUACCACUGCUCCCAGUGUGGAAAGAGUUUUAAGGGUUUAGGAAACCUUAAAGCUCAUGAGAGAAUACACACAGGGGAGAAGAAACAGCAUGAGAGAAUACACACAGGGGAGAAGCCUUACCACUGCUCCAUGUGUGGAAAGAGUUUUAACCAGAAAAGCAACCUGAACCAACAUGAGAAAAUACACAGAGGGGAGAAGCCUUACCACUCCUCCCAGGGUGCAACGUUUUUGCCCAUUAAAGGAUCAGAUUUGGCUCAUCAAAGAGAAAGACCAGACUCAGAGGAACCAGAGCCAGGGACGUCCGAACCAGCAAGACGACACCAGUGCUCCCACUUUAGAAAGGGUUGUAACCGGUUAUGGAACCUGAAACAACGCGAGAAAAUACACACAAGGGAGAAGCCUUACCACUGCUCCCAGUGUGGAAAGAGUUUUAAGCUUUUAGGAACCCUUAAAGCUCACGGGAAAAUACACACAGGGGAGAAGCCUUACCACUGCUCCCAGUGUGGAAAGAGUUUUAAGCUUUUAGGAAACCUUAAAGCCCAUGCGAGAAUACACACAGCGGAGAAGCCUUACCACUGCUCCCAGUGUGGACAGUGUUUCAAGCGGUCAGGGGAGCUGAAACAACAUGAGAGAAUACACACAGGGGAGAAGCCUUACCACUGCUUCCAGUGUGGAAAGUGUUUCAGCAGUUCAGGGGAGCUGAAACGACAUGAGAGAAUACACACAGGGGAGAAGCCUUACCACUGCUCCCAGUGUGGAAAGAGUUUUAAGGUGUUAGGAACCCUUAAAGCUCAUGAGAGAAUACACACAUGGGAGAAGACUUACCACUGCUCCCAGUGUGGACAGUGUUUCAGCCAGAAAGGAAACCUGAACCAACACGAGAGAAUACACACAGGGGAGAAGCCUUACCACUGCUCCCAGUGUGGAAAGUGUUUCAGCCAGUCAGGGGAGCUGAAACAACAUGAGAGAAUACACACAGGGGAGAAGAAACAGCAUGAGAGAAUACACACAGGGGAGAAGCCUUACCACUGCUCCAUGUGUGGAAAGAGUUUUAACCAGAAAAGCAACCUGAACCAACAUGAGAAAAUACACAGAGGGGAGAAGCCUACCACUCCUCCCAGGGUGCAACGUUUUUGCCCAUUUAGGAAGCCUGAAAGAACACAUGAGACUACACACAGAGGAGAAGGCUUAGAAAUUGCUCAGACUGGGAAAACAUAUUACUCAUCACAGUCACUUGAACGUCAUGAGAGAAUCCACACAGAAGAGAAGAAUUACUUGUAUAUUGAUAUUUCACAUCUCAUUGACUUAAAAUUCAUCAGAGAACAUACACAGUGCUCCCAUUGUCUUAUAUUGUUGACUGAUAAUGUGUUUACUUGUUUUUACCGUAUGAAAUUAAAUGGUACAAGGUAUACUCAAACAUAUAUUUGUUUGUUUUUAUUAGAAAACAUGAAUUUAAUAUGUAGUAUGUCAGUUUGAAUAUAAAGUAGAUCAGAUUCCAUGUGUUUAAA